AUGCGUUCCUAUCUAAUACUGUCCGUUUUGGCAGUUUUCUGCGCGGCAGGUACUUUCCACUCGUUCGCAGUUCCACUUCUCAACUCAUUUCAGAAGCGUCUGCGGCCACAAACUGCUCGGCGAAAGGCGAGAUUACGUGCUACUCUUGCAUGGGUCGUGACAUGGAAAACUGCCAGUCGGGGCUCACCUGCUGCAAGGGAGCGUGCUUCAAACUCGAGGAUAUUAGUGAGUCUCCGCAUCCGUCCUCCAUUUGCAUCAAAUUUUUAUGCAUUUUCCAGAACAUAACGUUAUCGUGAAAGGAUGCGUGAAUAAUAAGGAAGAGGACGCGUCGAUGAAGGUGCGCGAGCUCAAUGUGCCGCUUUAUUGGGCCAACAAGGAGAAGGUUAAAGGUAAGGGAAAUUCUGAAUGAACAAUCAAAAAGUGUUUCCAUUCUCUAGGAGAAUCAUUCUUCUGUACCGGAAAGAAUUACUGCAACGAGACUCCGAAUCUGAGCCUGUUGGGCUCCUUCCUCUCCGUUCUCAUCGCUGGUCUCGUCAUCCGAUAG